AUGCAGUAUGACGAUGAGAUGGGACAAAGCCGUCUGGAUGGUGCCAUUGUCUCUCGCCGUGACAUUCUCCAUUGUAUCGCAUAUGUGGAUGUGAUUCACCCGCGAAAAUCCCUAGCUGCCGCCCAUCAAGGUGUGCCCCCCUGCCGCCGCUCCGAUGACCUCCAUCGCCGUCGACCCCGCACCUGCCGAGGCCGUCGCCGCCGCCCCCCCUCGGCGGGCUCCUCUCGGCCCCGCAUCCUCGUCCCCGAAAAGCUGUCCCCCGACGGCCUCGCCCUGCUGACCCCCCACUUUGACGUCGACGUCCGGCAAAACGUCAGCGCCGAGGAGCUCGUGCGCAUCAUCCCCGACUACCAGGGCCUGCUCGUGCGCUCCGAGACCAAGGUGACGGCCGAGGUGCUGCGCGCGGGAUCCCAGCUCAAGGUCGUGGCGCGCGCCGGCGUCGGCGUCGACAACAUUGACGUGCCCGCCGCCACCGCCCGCGGCGUGCUCGUCGUCAACUCGCCGGCCGGCAACAUCGUCGCCGCCGCCGAGCACACGGUCGCGCUGCUGCUGGCGACGGCCCGGCACAUUGGCCGCGCCGACCGCGGCGUCAAGGACGGCCGCUGGGAGCGCGCCCAGCUCGUCGGCGUCGAGGUCGGCCGCAAGACGCUCGGCAUCGUCGGCCUCGGCAAGGUCGGCCUGCACGUCGCCCGCAUGGCCAAGGGCCUCGGCAUGGCCGUCGUCGCCGUCGACCCCUACGCGAACCCGGACAUGGCCAAGCAGGCCGGCGUCGAGCUCUACCCGGCCCUGCACGACAUGCUGCCCGUGCUCGACUUCCUGACCAUCCACACCCCGCUGCUGGCCACGACGCUGGACCUGAUUGGCGAGGCCGAGCUGAAGAUGAUGAAGAGCACCGCGCGCGUCCUCAACGUCGCCCGCGGCGGCGUCUACAACGAGGCCGCGCUGCUGCGCGCCCUCGACGACGGCUGCAUCGCCGGCGCCGGCCUCGACGUCUUCACCACGGAGCCGCCCGCCGCCGACUCGGUCGCGGCGCGCCUCACCCGGCACCCCAAGGUGGUCGCGACGCCGCACCUGGGCGCGUCGACGGUCGAGGCGCAGGAGAACGUGUCCAUGGACGUGUGCACGCAGACGCGGGAGAUUCUGCGCGGCGGGCUGCCGACGAGCGCCGUCAACGCGCCCAUCAUCCUGCCGGAGCAGUACCGCAAGCUGCAGCCGUCGGUGUCGCUGGUCGAGAAGAUGGGCCGGCUGUACUCGCAGCACUUUGCCGGCAGCAACAGCACGCGCGUCGGCGGGCGCACCUUUGAGCUCGUCUACCACGGCGAGCUGGCCGGGCUGCCCAAUACGAAGCCGCUGCUGGCCGCGCUCGUCAAGGGUCUGGUCGCGUCCUUUAGCGACUCCAACGUCAACAUUGUCAACGCCACCCAGAUUGCCAAGGAAAAGGGCAUCACCGUCAGCGAGACGCACGCCCACGACUCGCGCAACGACCAGACCUACGUCAACCUCGUCUCGCUGCGCUCCUACCCGGACGGCGGCGGCGCCAAGGGCCGCCGCGCCCAGGUCAUCGAGGGCUACGCCUCGUCCAACAAGCGCCUCUACAUCUCGCGCCUCGGCCGCUUCAACGCCACCUUUAGCCCCGAGGGCACCCUCAUCAUCCUGCACAACUACGACGAGCCCGGCAAGAUUGGCGGCGUCGGCACCGUCCUCGGCUCCCACGGCAUCAAUAUCCGCUUCAUGCAGGUCGCCGCCCUCGGCGCCGAGUUUCGCGGCGACUGGACCCCGCCCACCGACGACGGCCUGCAGCCGAGCCGCUCCCAGGACUCCCUGGCCGAUACCGCCGGCACGCACCCGCAGCAGCCGGGCGACGAGGCCCUCAUGAUCCUCGGCAUCGCCGGCAACGUGGACAAGAAGGUCAUGGACGACUUGAAGCAGGCCGAGGGCGUGUUGGAUGUGAGCGUGGUUACUUUGUAG